AUUGAAUAUUGUUUUCGAACUUGUGAUUGCAAACUCUUCUCUCAAAAUCUAUAGCGAACACGAACUUCAAAGAUGACGGAGGCCGGCGACAGUUCCGGGAAAUCCCGAUGGUCUCUCAAAGGCUGCACCGCGCUCGUCACCGGCGGCACUCGCGGAAUCGGUCACGCUUUGGUGGAGGAACUAGCCGGUUUAGGGGCGUCGGUUCACACCUGCUCCCGGAACGAAUCGGACCUCAAUCGGUGCUUGAAGGAAUGGGAGGGCAAGGGAUUUGUGGUCAGUGGAUCGGUUUGUGAUGCUUCUUCGAGAACACAAAGAGAGGAGCUGAUACAGGAAGUGGCGUCUGUUUUCUGUGGCACUCUCAAUAUUCUGGUAAACAAUGUGGGAACAAACAUAAGGAAGCCAAGUACUGAGUACAGUUUGGAAGAGGUUUCGGCAUUGAUGACAACAAACUUUGAAUCUGCAUAUCAUUUAUCCCAACUUUCUCAUCCUCUUUUAAAAGCUUCUGGAAAUGGAAGCAUUGUGUUCAUUACUUCGGUUGCUGGUCUCGUGAGCAUUGGAAGUGGAUCCAUCUAUGCUGCAACUAAAUCUGCAAUAAAUCAACUGACCAGAAAUCUUGCUUGUGAAUGGGCCAAGGACAAUAUCAGGAUCAAUGGUGUUGCACCCUGGUAUAUCAAUACCCCUCUUGUAGAAAAGUUGCUGAGUAAUAAGACAUUGGUGGACAAAAUAGUGUCUCGAACUCCACUUGGGCGCAUAGGGGAAUCGGACGAAGUGUCGUCAUUGGUGGCAUUCCUUUGCUUGCCUGCUGCAUCUUACAUUACUGGACAGAUUAUUUCGGUCGAUGGAGGAUUCACUGCAAAUGGAUUUGAACCUGGUAUGAGACUAGACAAAUUGUGAAAACACUGUUCUGCCUCUCGUAUGACUGGACAGAUUUAUUUCCUUAAUAAUCUUUUAUGCUAAAUCAUGUGUUCUCAACUCUUUCAAGUCUGCUGCUCAGCUUCUCAUAUUACUCCUGUUUAAUUUUU